AUGUUUUUGUAUUUGCAUCGUGGUGCACCGUGGGCCGGGCGAGAUAAGAUGGCGGCAGCCUAGACGACAAACGCGUUUAACAAGCACUGAUAUUUGCCAAAAAUGAGCAGAUCUAAACGCUUAAUAAUUAAUUACAUUGAAAAUUAAGAAUUCGUACAAGCCUCUGAGGUCGGCAUACAACAUAGAAACGCCAUUCAAGGAAGGAACGCUGAAGAGGAAGGUCGUAAGUUUUCCCUUGUCAUUCGCGUCUGAAGAUCGCGUUCUUUCGACGGCAACGAAACAAAUCUACGAGUUCCUCGGCAACCGGGUAUAUCAGCAUUAAUUGAUUUUUAAAUAUUCGACAACGAGGUGUGAAAAUCGGUUAAAGAAAAAGAAAAACACGCACACAAUGGCGACGACUAGAUUUAAAGAAUCGGUGAGCGAAGAAAGUAGUGGUAGUGACUUUGACGAAGAUGAAGAUCCUGACAAGAUUGAAGUUCCUGGUGGAGGUAAAGAUCUCGCGACAGUUAUAGGAAAUGCAAACAUAAAGGACGAGAAACCACUAGAUAUACCACUAAAUCCAGAAGAUUCAAAAGACACAGGUGCAAUUAGUGCAUUAAAUCAGAAAUUUGGUGGUAAAAUUCCCGGUGGACUUGUAACAAAAAAUGCAGCACCCGGUUAUGAAAUGGUACGAUUACCAGGACCACAGAGUGGAACACCUAAUUUUAUGGGUCAAAAUCAAUUAAAUCAAAUGGGUGGACUUCCACAAGGGGGACCCUAUGGGGGAUUCCCGUCUGGACUUCCAAAUAUGUCGGGUUUUAAUCCUGCUGCAUUCCUACAGCAAUCCAUGGGCAUGGAUUUAAAUAAUCUUCUGGGAGUGAUGGGAAUGUCUGGUAUGAACAUGGGAGUCAAUCCAUUCAUGCAAUUAUUGAAUCAAGGAGUUAUGAAUCCUAAUUGGGCUGGUCUCACUGGCAAAAAUCUGCAACAAAUGUGGAUGAAUCCUUUGGAUCCGAGUAAAAUGGGCUUACAACAAGGUAUGCAAGAAGAGGAGGAUGUUGAUGACGAGGAAAUGGGAGUUGCCGAGACUUACGCUGAUUAUAUGCCGACAAAACUUAAAUUAGGAAGAAAACAUCCAGAUCCCGUCGUUGAGACGGCAUCAUUGUCGAGUGUUGAACCAACGGAUGUUUGGUACAAAAUUUCGUUACCAGAAGAUACGAUAAAAUCGGGAGCAUUAUCUGCUCUGCAACUCGAGUCUAUAACUUAUGCUUCACAGCAACAUGAACAACUCCUUCCCGAUGGAACACGUGCCGGUUUUCUAAUUGGUGACGGCGCUGGUGUUGGAAAAGGUCGCACCAUAGCUGGUACAAUUUUUGAAAAUUAUAUGAAGGGCCGAAAGCGAGCGAUCUGGGUCUCUGUGUCAAAUGAUCUCAAGUAUGACGCUGAACGCGAUUUAAAAGACAUUGGAGCUGGAAAAAUAGACGUACAUCCGUUGAAUAAGUUCAAAUAUGCGAGGAUAAAUUCGGCUGUAAAUGGGAAUGUGAAGAAGGGCGUCAUUUUCAGCACAUAUUCUGCAUUAAUAGGCGAAUCAUCACAAAGCGGUGGAAAGUAUAAAAGUCGACUAAAACAAUUACUUCAAUGGUGCGGAGAGGAAUUCGACGGACUGAUCAUAUUUGACGAAUGUCAUCGAGCGAAAAAUCUCUGUCCUACCGGGAGUUCUAAACCCACAAAAACUGGUUUGACGGUCUUAGAAAUUCAAAAUAAACUACCGAAAGCCAGAGUAGUUUAUGCCAGUGCAACGGGAGCGUCAGAACCAAGAAACAUGGCCUACAUGGUAAGACUUGGAAUGUGGGGCGAGGGAACACCUUUUCCAGAGUUCACAGAUUUCAUUACAGCCGUUGAGAAGAGAGGUGUCGGCGCAAUGGAAAUUGUCGCUAUGGACAUGAAAUUAAGAGGAAUGUACAUCGCUCGUCAGCUUAGUUUUCAUGGUGUUGGAUUUAAAAUAGAGGAAGUUCCGCUGUCAGACGAUUUCACAAAGGUCUACGAUCAUUCCGUCAGAUUGUGGGUGGAGGCUAUGCAAAAGUUCCAGGAAGCGGCCGAAUUGAUUGACGCAGAAAAUCGCAUGAAAAAAACAAUGUGGGGACAAUUCUGGUCAUCCCAUCAACGUUUUUUCAAGUAUUUAUGUAUCGCUGCAAAAGUAAAGCACGCCGUGUCCGUGGCACGCGAGGCUGUAAAAUGCGGAAAGUGCGUCGUUAUUGGUCUGCAAUCAACGGGCGAAGCACGCACUCUGGAGCAACUGGAGCGAGAUGACGGCGAAUUGAGCGACUUCGUUUCUACUGCAAAAGGAGUACUGCAGUCGUUGGUUGAGAAACAUUUUCCGGCACCCGAUCGCAACCGAAUCCAUCGAAUAAUUGGUGAUUUGCCACAAACUCAAAGCGUAGCGGAAGUCGAGAAUGUAGUGGAGAACGCGAGUGGAUCCGGCGGUGGUAGUAGUAGUAAAAGAAAACCAACCCGUCAGGCGGCUCAGAGAGCUUCGAAAAAAGUUCGAGCCUGGUCAUCGGAGGAUGAAAUUUCAGAGGAGGAGCGAAAUGGAGGGCACAGUUCCGGCUCUGAAUUCAAAUUAACUGGUAGCGAAAGUGAGGAGGACAAUAAAUCCGACGAAGAAAUAAGUAAUCCAAGUUCUGAUUAUAAUCCAUUUGACAGUGAUAGCGACUCUGACGUAGAUCCAUGGGACAGGAGAAAGAAGAAAUUGAACAAAAAACAAAAGAAACCAGUCAAGAAACGUCUAAGUACACAAGAUAAAAUUCAAUCGAUGUUGACAAGUAAAACGUCAAAUAGCAAAAACAAACGAAAUGGCGAUACGGCUACAGGAAAAGGUGUCGGUCCCUAUGGUGUCAAUACAGCGGCUGUUCGAAAUCAAGCCCCUCCUCGUAGUUCUAUAGAGCGUGCCUGUAGUAUGAAGGAGGAACUUUUGGCACAAAUUGAAACUCUCGGUGAUCGUCUACCACCAAAUACCCUCGACCAAUUGAUUGAUGAACUCGGUGGACCGGAAAAUGUUGCCGAAAUGACAGGCAGAAAGGGAAGAGUCGUUCAGACGGAGGAUGGCGCAAUUCAAUAUGAAUCCAGAUCCGAGGCGGAUGUACCACUCGAAACGCUGAAUUUGACGGAGAAGCAAAGAUUUAUGGAUGGCGAGAAAACAGUUGCGAUUAUAUCGGAAGCAGCCAGUAGCGGUAUUUCCCUGCAAAGUGAUCGACGCGCUCGUAAUCAAAUGCGUCGUGUUCAUAUUACUUUGGAAUUGCCCUGGAGUGCUGAUCGUGCAAUACAACAAUUUGGUCGUACACAUCGUUCGAAUCAGGUCAAUGCACCCGAGUAUAUUUUCCUAAUUUCCGAUCUUGCCGGUGAACGACGUUUCGCAUCGAUUGUCGCCAAACGUCUCGAGAGUCUUGGCGCUCUGACACAUGGUGAUCGACGGGCGACUGAGACGCGCGAUUUAUCGCAAUUUAACAUUGAUAAUAAGUACGGACGCUCGGCACUUGAGGCCACUAUGAAAACAAUUAUGGGGUAUGAACAACCGUUGGUUCCACCACCACAAGAUUAUAGAGGAGAUUUCUUCAAGGACGUCGCUGACGCUCUUGUGGGAGUGGGAUUAAUUUGCAAUAGUGAUAGUAUGCCCGGUGUGUUGUCGCUCGAUAAGGAUUUCACAAAUAUGUCCAAGUUUUUGAAUCGAAUACUCGGUAUGCCGGUCGAUUUGCAAAAUCGACUUUUCCAAUAUUUCACGGACACGUUGAAUGCGAUUAUUACGACUGCGAAGAAGACAGGGAAGUUUGACAUGGGAAUUCUCGAUCUUGGCACUUCUGGUGAAAAUGUUCGGAGAGUGAGAUUAUUUAGAUUCCUGAGGAAGCACGCAACGGGUGUUGCACCAACAGAAUUGCAUGUCGUGCAUGUAGAGCGAGGAAUGAGUUGGGCAGAGGCCACUGACCGAUGGUCGGAACUCUCCGGAGCUAAGGAAGGUUUUUACUUGAGUCAUCAAGUGAGAAACAGCAAACAAACUGCAAUUCUCGCGGUUGCUGUAGACAGUGGGAAGAAGAAGGCCGAGGGCAAGAAAGAUCAACUUUACAUGGUCUAUAGGCCAAAUACUGGACUACAGUUGCGUCAGGAAUCGUUGGGCGAACUAGAGAAGAAGUACAAAAAAGUACCGUCCGAAGAAGCUGAAUCGCACUGGACCCAACAAUACGAAUCGUCGGUGAAUACAUGUUCGCACGCCUAUUGGCGAGGUAAUUGUAAAAAUGUGACACUCGGUCAGGAAUGCGAGGUUGGUUUACGCAGGAGAUCCUACAACGUCCUUGCCGGCUCUGUUCUCAGCGUCUGGAGUCGUGUAGAGAGCGUUCUCGCCGCCCGCUCUGGACACAAUUCAAAAAUGCAAGUCGUACGACUACGUACCGAUGAGGGUCUCAAAAUUGUUGGCACACUGAUUCCAAAAUCGUGCAUAGAAGCGUUACGUGAAGCACUGUCGACAGACGCCGAAAAAACUGAGGAGCAGACGUUUUAACUGGAUUGAUCUCGAAAAGUCGAUAUAUAUAUAUAUUUGAAAAAUCCUACUCCCCCCCAAAAAAAAAAUGUUCAAGAAAAAAAUGGAGCUUCGAGGGUAAAUGAAAUUUAUUAUUGUAGUUAGUUUCCUUUUUUUUUAAUUUUGUUUUUUUUUUCUGGUAAUGAAGGUUUUUUUAAAAAACACCUUUCAAACCGGACAAUAUCUCUAUUAUACAUAUUAUAUAUUUUUUUUAUUUCGCGCUAAAAUUUUUAAUUUCAACGAGAUCUAGUAUUGCUAUACAUAAAUUUAUAAAUAUAUAAAUAUUAUAAAGAAAAAAAAAAAAGUUGACGUAGGAUGAUCGAUCCCGAGCGACCCAUCAUCUCGGCUGUGCCCUAUUUGAAAAAGAAAUUAAAAAAAUUGUAUCCUCAAAAUGGAUACAGAACAUUUAGAUUUCAUUCUGUUUAAUUUUUUUUUCUCUUGAAUAAAAGAAUUUGUAAAUUUUUUUUGCAGUUAAAAAGAAUUCACUGACAAUACUUUUGAUGAGUUUUCAAUAUUAAAAAUCUUAAAGAAAAGCACAGGGCUAAGAAGUCGCCCACUUAAAUAAUAAUUAGAAGUUUGCUGUUUAUUAUCAAUACCUAUAUAUUGUCAUUAUUAUACUGUUAUUAUGCUAGAAAUAUUUGAAAAUCGGAAGUAAAUGUUGUCGGCAUAAUACAGUACUGACAACAAGAAGCUACUAUUUUUUAAAAGUGAUUUUUUAAAAGUUUAAAAAAAUUUGUUUUCAAAAUUUUUUUAAACUAUUUUUUAUACAAUUAUUUUUCAGAAAUAUACACUUUUUUGGGUAUAUUUUUUUCUGUCAGAAAAUGAUUUGAAAACGAGAGAAGAUUUUAUUAUUUGGAGAAUUCAAUAAGAAAAAAAAAUAGAUGGCUUAAUGUUUGUGACCAGUACUGUGCUUCGUAUUUUUUGAUUAUAAUUUUCAUAAUUUCUUUUUUUACAUACAGUAUUACGAUGGUCAGGGUACAUCGCACUAUUUAAAGAAUCUUGAGCUUUUUUGAACGGUAAAAAUUUGAAUCGAUUUUUUUAUUUGUCGAUUUAGAACAUGUGCCGUUUUUAAUAAUUGUAGAACACUUAUUUUGUAAUCUUCAUAAACAAACAGGUGGUUUGCAUACAAAAUCCCUGAUUGUAAGUUUCAUUCGAACAACGUGUGUAUGCUUUUUAGCCAUAUUCAAAAAUCACCAUUCUCUCUUUCUCUCUCUCUCUAUCUCUCUUUUUUGUCAUCAAGAUUACUACUACUAUUGUUAGCGUUUACUAGAAAUUGACAAAUGCAUACGAUGAUAUAUUUAUAUUCAAAGAUAUAGUGUAGGGAUUGAAUUGUACACUGAGUAGAUGUUUGUGGUCAUGUUUGUAACGUUUGAACGGAAUAUUACUUUUAUCGAGAGUGUUUUUUUUAAGCGUGACAAAGCUGGUUUCAGUGAAAAAUUUUCGGCAAAAAGAAUAAAUUGACAAAUUGUUCAGAUUGAUCAUGCUAGUAAUUUUGGAGAAAAAUAUUGUCUUUACUUAUAAGAGAAUUGUUGAAAAAACACUACCAAAAAUUGAAGAAAAUAAAUUAAUUAUAAAUUUGAUAAAGUAACAUAUCUAGACAACCAGUAUUGACGCGCUUUCCGUGAGACGAGAAGUGUGAAUCUGGUAAAAAUGAUAGUUAAUGAAAAAUUUUUUCCGUUUUUAAGACGAAUACGUUGGUGAGAUCUUAAAAAAAACAAGUCGAAGAUGCUAUACAUAUAUAUAUGUAUGUAACAUAUACAUGUAUAAAUGUAUCUGUAAUAAUAUACCUUAGCUAAAACGUC